CCCGGCUUCCGCGCGCCGCCGGCCACCAACCCGCUCGCCACCAUGUCCGUGGAGCUGGAGGAGGCCCUGCUGCUGACGACCGCCGAGGGGACGCCGAGGAUGGCGGAGACCAAGCCCGGCGGGGGCGCAGCGCUGGCCCCGGCCGAGAAGCGCAAGAGCGGCCGGAAGAAGAAGAACCAGCCGGGCAAGUACAGCCAGCUGGUGGUGGAGACGAUCCGGAGGCUGGGCGAGCGCAACGGGUCGUCGCUGGCCCGCGUCUACGCGGAGGCCCGCAAGGUGCCGUGGUUCGACCAGCGCAACGGGCGCACCUACCUCAAAUACUCCAUCAAGGCGCUCGUGCAGAACGACACGCUGCUGCAGGUCAAGGGCACCGGCGCCAACGGCUCCUUCAAGCUCAACCGCAAGAAGCUGGAGGGUGGUGGCGGUGGCGGCGACCGGCGCGGGCUCCUCCCCUCGCCCCCGUCUGGCCCCGGCCCGGCCCCCGCGGCGCCCAAGCCCAAGAAGCCCGCGGCGACGCGGCGCGGGGACAGGCAGCCGGGGGCCCGGGGCCCCGCGACGCCGGAGAGGCGCCCGCACAGGAAGGGCGCGGCCGCCAGGAAGGACAAAGGCGUCGGCAAGGUGAAGAAGGCGGCCAAGCCCAGCGUCCCCAAAGUCCCCAAGGGGCGCAAGUGACCGCGCCGGCCCCGCCAGCCGUGUAUCCCGGUUUUCGCUGUUUGGACCCCCCCAAGUUCGAACGCGCGUAGGUUGUUGUGCGCGGUCCCCCCUCCCCCCAACGCACCCCCCGACCCCCGA